CUUAUUGUGCAAAGGUCUGUGUAACAAACUCCGCCCAUCAGGUGGGUGGUGUUGUGGCAUUUCUUCCUUUCCUUCGUGCACUUUACACAGCAGUCGUUCUACGAAACUCUUCCAUGGGAAAUGAGGCGUUGUAACAGCGGGACUUGACGGGUGUGAAUGAAUAUAAAGACGAAUUUACUGUAGACGAAACCGUCUGGAGCGGAAGCGGGAUCUAUCAUGUCUAAUCACUUGUAUCUUCUUUGGCUCCUGCUGCUUCUAGAAGGACUCGUCCUGCCAGAGAUAGAAGUUUCUGCAGUAGAAAUUUCCACUCCAAGUGAGGUGGUUGCAGUCAACGGGACUGAUGUGAAGCUGAGCUGCACGUUCAAGUCCACUCACCCGGUAUCGGAUCAGUCACUCAUUGUGAAAUGGAACUACAGACCCCCUAAUUCACAAAGUGAAACCUCUGUCUUGUAUUUCCAAGAAAGCUCCCACCCCCCGAAUGAAGGGCUUUUCAAAAACCGCGUAGCGUGGUCAGGCAGCGCUGCGAAGCGGGAUGCCUCCAUCACCUUGCUUCAUGUCUCUCCAACCUUUAACGGCACCUACACCUGCCAAGUGACCAAUCGACCGGAUUUUCAGGGCCGUGGCGGAGAAAUUGUCCUUAAGGUCGUCCAAAAAGCCAUCGUAUCCGAGAUUGGAAUGCUGGCCGCCGCGGUUGGAGGCAGCUGCGCUGUGAUCCUGGUGAUCCUCGGCAUCAUCAUGGGAGUAAAGUUUUAUAAAAAAAGGCAGGAAGAUAUGGACAUAGAGGAACACUCUAUGGGAAAAACAGAUCUAUAUUGAGGGAUGAGAGAAUGCUCUAUGUCUGUUUCUAAGAAAUGGACAUCUAAAAUUCCUUUUUAUUUGUAUUUCAUGUUUGUUUCUCAAAAUGAACCUUUGCUGUUGCUAAGCAAAUUGGUUCAUUAUUAGAGACGAGAUGUGUUAUGCCCUAAACUCGUUUUAUCUGCAGAGUAUUUACAUUUUUAAGAUUUUUAGAAAAAAAAUAGCGUUAUAACUUGUUUAAAGUAUAUCUUAAUAUGUGUGCAUGUAUCUGAAAGCGGGUGUGGACUGUCAGUCUUAAUUCACAGCAGCAGCACUAGCAGGGAAGUGGUUUUACCCCAUAACUGUGCUAAUAAGUUCUCCCUGUAAACAUGCUUUUCUUUUAAAAUAGUUUAAAUAUUAUCAUUUUAAAUGAAACAUCGGCGACAUUUCAUACAAUGCUGCUGUGAAUUCAAGUGAAUGUCUUUAGCCUCAAAAUUUGUCCACUAUGAGGAAACUUUCCUUUUUUCUUUGCGAACAAAUAAUAUAAUAAUAACAUGCCUGUUUGCCUUUGAUAAAGACUUGAUAAUGAACCAAACUGAUAUGCUGGUUGAUUACAUUUGAUUAAUGCGUUUUUUUAUUUGUAUUUUACUUUGAUAUUCCAGUCAGUGGGCACUUUAGAAAUUAAACUGGUGGUUUUUUGUUAAUUUUCUGUGCACAGAUGUGCUAAAAAAAAAAAAAAGCCCAUCACUUGGUGUUUGUGGCUGUUGCUGGGCUCCGUCUACUGUAAAGAGAUUGGCUAAAGAGUUCUGAUGGUAAGGGGUUUGAGAUGAGCAGUGGAGACGGUAAAAAGGAUGAGGAUAGAGAAGAUUUUAAAGUUGCACUUCUAAAAUAUCUGACUGUAACCACCACUCUAAAGUUUCUGUUAUUGGUGAGUAAUGAAACAAAGCAGGCAAAUGCAAGGAAUUCCUCUAAUGCUGUUUAUUUUAUUAUAACUACACCGUUAAAUUUGGGUCAACAAAUUCAGUUUGCUUAGUGGUGUGUUAAAGUUUAACUCCUCUAGAGUUGGAAAGAUUAUUGAUUCUUUUAGGAAUGUUUUGGAGCUGGAUUUGUGUUUUUAAGUUCAACCCUGCAUUCUUUGUCUUACUCGACUACAUUUCUGUGUAAAUGCUGGAUAUUUUUGGACUAAAGGAUUGUUCUCUAAGCCAUGAAUUUUUAGGCUUCAUUAAAAUAUUUUUCUUUUUUUUUUCUUUUUUUUAGUUGUGUUUAACAGACUGUGCCUUUACUAUACAGUACUACAAGAAAUUCUCAUCUUGCUUUCCAAAACCAUCGACUGAGAGAAGUUAAGAUAAUUUAAAUAAAAAUUAAAAAAAA